ACAGGAUCAUUACGGCCCUGACAAAGCCUUCAUUGAAAAAGGACGCCAUCCCCUCGUCCUCGUAACAGUUGGUAUCGCCUGUGUGACAUAAUGACAAACCGUUAUACAGUACAUUUUCAUGGCUCAUAUCUGCUGUACGCUGUGUCGCUGUUCUUGGCCUGCUUGAUGGUCCUGCAGUCCAACCGGGUCAGAGAGAUGCAGGUCGAACUGCGGGAGCUGCGUCAGUGGACCAGUCUGGUGUGCGGGGACAUAAAGGAAUCGUCUACUGAUAUCUCGCGCUGCGGGAUAUCUGACUCUCACAGACAUACACAAUGGAAUGGAAUUCGAGGAAAGAGGGAGAUUUCAAGACAUGGGAGACGGAGACAGCGGCGCACUGCAGGGAGUAGUGCCUUUCUUCAUCUUGUUCCUCUGUCAUCACACUCAUAUGUUGAAGAUGACUACACUCUGGUAGAAUGGGCUCUAGGACUGAGUCGUCUAGGGGAGGGGCUGCAGGUGUUUGGAGAAAAGGUCACCGUGGUAACCGAAGGGACUUACUUCAUCUACAGUCAGGUGCUGUAUAAAGACACCACAUGGACUAUGGGUCAUGUGAUCAAGAAGCGUCUACAUGGUAUUGAGACCAUCUUGAUGAAGUGCAUACAGAGUAUGCCCAGCAACAUCACUGUGGCCCAAAACACCUGCUACACAGCCGGUGUCCAUUACCUGGAGCCAGGAUCCACUCUGGAACUCUCCAUUCCCAGGAAAUCUGCUGGGCUUGUCCUCAAGCCUCACUCCACCUUCCUUGGCAUGUUCAGGAUCUGACACUGAGUGACGAUCUAACACAAAACCAUGUCUCUCCAGAACCCUACAAUCACUGCCUAUAAUAACUCGACAUGCUGACCUACUGCAUUGUGUUGCCUGAUAUUUAAUAAACUCUUAUCAAUAUCAAAAGUUUUGCAAGUACUACUCAGCCAGUGUUUUCCUUUCAGCACUCAUAUUGUGGUAGCCUGAUACAGAACAGUUACCAAAUAUCACAAAAUGUAGCCUAUUUUAGCAUCGGAAAGUGCACAGAUGUAAUGUUUGAAUUCCAUGUUUGAAAAUACAUAGGAUAUUAAUCAAGCAAAAUAGUGCAGUAGUACAGUGACCCAAUAUCAAAUUUCAAGUUUUAAUGAUACGUACACAAGUACAGUGAAAUGUCUUUCUUGCUAGCUCUAAACAGUACAGUGAAAUGUCUUUCUUGCUAGCUCUAAACAGUACAGUGAAAUGUCUUUCUUGCUAGCUCUAAACAGUACAGUGAAAUGUCUUUCUUGCUAGCUCUAAACAGUAUAGUGAAAUGUCUUUCUUGCUAGCUCUAAACAGUACAGUGAAAUGUCUUUCUUGCUAGCUCUAAACAGUACAGUGAAAUGUCUUUCUUGCUAGCUCUAAACAGUACAGUGAAAUGUCUUUCUUGCUAGCUCUAAACAGUACAGUGAAAUGUCUUUCUUGCUAGCUCUAAACAGUACAGUGAAAUGUCUUUCUUGCUAGCUCCAAACAGUACAGUGAAAUGUCUUUCUUGCUAGCUCUAAACAGUACAGUGAGUGGUGACCCAAUAUGAGUACUGUUGAGUGUACAGCAUCAUUGUGAAUUUCCCUCUGCUGAAUUAAACUUUCUCAGUUUGCCAUCCUUGUCUAUUGAAGACUAAUGUAUAAUCCAACAGGGA